AGUGACAGUGAAUCGUGGCCGUCCGUUAAUGACUGAAGUUGCGUCCACGUUUGCUCCUAUAAAUAGCGGGCAAAAAUAAUCAAACUUCUCCUAAACAUAACUAACUUUUAGUUGGAGAUUUUUGAGAUUCUCUCUGGUUCUUCAAGAUGGCACGUACCAAGCAAACUGCUCGCAAGUCCACUGGCGGCAAGGCUCCAAGGAAACAGCUUGCCACUAAGGCUGCCCGCAAGUCCGCCCCAACCACAGGAGGUGUGAAGAAGCCCCACAGAUAUCGACCUGGAACUGUUGCUCUUCGUGAAAUCCGUAAGUACCAAAAGAGUACUGAACUCCUCAUCAGGAAACUUCCAUUCCAGAGGCUUGUCCGUGAAAUUGCUCAGGAUUUCAAGACUGAUCUGCGAUUCCAGAGUCAUGCAGUUUUGGCCUUACAAGAGGCAGCCGAAGCAUACCUUGUUGGAUUGUUCGAAGAUACGAAUCUCUGCGCCAUCCAUGCCAAGCGUGUGACCAUAAUGCCCAAGGACAUUCAGCUAGCCAGGAGAAUCCGCGGUGAGAGGGCUUAAGAGCUCAAUUUGCUGCAAGGCCAGCUGAUUGUUGGUGAUUGGAUAGUGGAUCUGUUUGUGUUAGGGAUUUUACUUUCUGUCCGCUCUUAUUUUGUAUGUCUAAUUGGAUUGGCACUUUAAGUUGGGAAUAGAUUGGAUUGGGUACGGUUGAUUAUUGUUAUCAAACCCUGAACAAUUUAAAUGUUGUUCGAUAA